AUGGGGAUCAAGCUUAUUGUUGUGUUAUCAAUAUUGGGACAAUGUGCUUUUGCAAUUGACUAUGAUAAAGACACCUGUGGACUUCGUCCAUUAAUAAAUAAGGGUGAUUCACCACCUAAAAUUGUUGGCGGUGUAGAAGCAGAAAGAGGUGAUUGGCCAUGGGUGAUAUCUAUGCGACGUAAUGGAAAUCAUAUUUGUGGUGGAUCACUUAUAAAUGAUCAAUGGAUUAUUACAGCUGCUCAUUGUGUUUAUGCAAAUCAAAAUCCAGGUGUCUAUCAAAUUGUUCUUGGUCUUCAUGAUAGAUUGAUUGCAGACAAUUGGGUUAUUUCAAGAAAAGUUCAAAGUAUUAUAGUUCAUCCACAAUAUUCAAGUCAAAGUCUUUCGAAUGAUAUUGCUCUGAUGAAAUUAGUUGAUAAAAUUGAUACAUAUACUGAAUAUUAUAUGCCUGUUUGUUUUCCACGCGCUAAUCAAACAUUUGCUGAUCAAAUAGGAUAUACAGUUGGUUGGGGAGCACCAUUUCAUGGUGGUAGUUUAUUACGUUAUUUAUAUGAAGUAACUUCAUCAGUAUUAACUGAUAAUGUAUGUAAAGCACGUUAUACAUCAGGUAUGAUCAAUCCAGCUACUCAAAUAUGUUCCGGUGGCAACAGUACAGGAGCUUGUCAAGGUGAUUCUGGUGGUCCAUUUAUUGUUUCUGAUCCUCAACGUGAUGGUCGAUAUGUUCUUGUUGGUUUAACAUCAUGGGGUAUUGGAUGUGGUGAUGGUGGUGUUUAUACACGUGUUUCAGCUUAUAAAUCAUGGAUCGAAUCAAAAGUUGGUCCUACUUUGUCUUAA